CGUCAAUCGACGCCCUCUCGAGCCUCUGUUUCUAAAUGUUGCUCCAAAGGUUGUGUGCCCUUGUUUCUCUAACGUCCAUUGUCUUACGGAUGCAUCACCCGCUCCCUCUACCAACUUCUCUCUUUCUCUGCCUUUCUCGCCCCCGCACUGGUCUCUCUUGGUUCGCGCCACCGUGAAGCCGGAGCUGCGCCUGUUGUGCGAUGCCCGUCGCAACAGUGGGAAGAGCCUGCGAUAACCUUCCCCGCUCUCUCCCUCGACCCCCUCCCUGAGGAACCUCUCACUUCGCCCGCAGUCAUGAGCUAGGCCCCGAUACGUUCGGCACCUGUUGCUCGAGGGACGCGUCGAAAAAGGCGCCGUAAAUUUGAAGAACGGACGCUUUUCACUCGGUCGAUCAGUCUUCGCACGCUUCCAUUUGGACCGAUCGUCAUCUCGCUUCGGAUCGACCGCACGUCAGCCUACCGCCGAGCACAAGAAGCGCCUGUCCUCGAAAACAGCAACCGAGCAACCACGUCACAAACAGUUGUUGCAGGCCUCUCGAUCUUUCUUUCUUUUUUCUGUUACACGCCGACAAUCGUGCAAGGCCCUAGGGGAGGCUUUCAAGAACUCUUCAUUGUUGGGUUGUGCUGGUGGCAGCUUCCUGUGGAAACAGCUGAGGCACCCAGAAGUGUGGACGGCUUCAUUUUUGGCUUGUGGCGGCGGGGUUCUAAGGAAAUCAGAGACAGACCUUGUUCUCGGCCUGACUUUUCAUCUGUGUCAAGGUCAAAGUUGCCAUGAGGUGCUCUUUCUACAUGUGAUAGUUUUAUUUUUGUCGGUAGGGCUUGUUGAUUUCUUCGCAACAGUGGUCGCCGUGGACGGCGUGCUGGAAACGCCUGAUUUUUUUCCCUGAACUUCUGCAUUUUCUUCGCGGAUGUCAGUGACAUAACAUUGGAGUAGUGUGUAGCUGGAAACGACACCGCCUGUUGAUUUUUCAUCAAAGAUCUCCAUACGGAAAAGGAAACCCGUAUUUUUUUCAAGGAGUCCAGGCUGGCGAGCAAAACUCGCACAACACCAUGAUUCAUGUCUUCCUUGGAGUGAACCUACUACUGGGAACUUUCCGGUUGAUGUCUGCGGAGGAAUUACAAAUAAAUAGUCCAGAAUGCGGAUUGUCAGAGCCUUCAAAAAGAAUCGUGAAUGGCAAGGCAGCGCAAGAAGACCAGUUCCCGUGGAUGGUUUUCCUGAGGGUGUUCUUCCCGGGUCAGGCCACGAGAUGCGGAGGGAGCAUCAUAACAAAACGACACGUGCUGACGGCGGGACAUUGUACGCUGCUAAACGAGGAGGAGGCCCUGAAGAUCGACGUCAUCUACGGCAGCAAUGACAUUCACAAGGGAACGACACUGCGGGCCUUGAAGAUGAUCCGGCACCCGCAAUUUGACGCUGCUAAGUUCCUCUACGACAUCGCCAUUCUUCUGGUGGAGAAAGAAAUCCAAUACGGAAACGGUGCGAAGCCAAUAUGUCUUCCGUCUGCCCCUGUGAAUAUCUUCAACUCGGACGUCGUCGUUGCUGGCUGGGGCUUCCUCUCGCAAGACGGCAAAGCGGUGGAUUAUCUUCGAUACACUGUCGUUAAGGUGGUACCCAACGCACGCUGUGAGGACAAGUUCCAGCACACGGGCUACCGGAAGGAACUCAUGUAUUGUGCAUACAGGCUGAACACCGAUGCCUGUCAGGGAGACUCCGGAGGACCCCUGAUGACGCGUGUCCAGGACGGCCGCUACCUCCAAGUGGGCAUCGUAUCAUACGGCAUCGGCUGUGCUCUGGACGACAUGCCUGGAGUGUACGCGCGCCUGGAAGCCCUCGUUCCCUGGUUAUUGCAAAUCAUCGGCUCUUACGACAACUACAGGGACCUCAAGACAGAGGACGUUUCGUAGAAGUCGAACUGGAAGGUGUCCAAGCAGGGCUGGUUGUCGACCCUCCGUAUAAUUCUAAAGCAGCUUCCCCGUAAAGUGGUCUGCCAAACUAAUGGCAAACAUUUUUCGUAAACAGCGCGUACGACCGCAAUUUGUUCGUGUUAUCACGUUGAAAAUGUUCACGUAGCUUUCGUUGACACUGCAGCAAGGACAAGCUCCAACAUAUUCAGCUAGUACUCCGUCCUGGUUAUAACAAUUAGUGGUGCCGCCAUUUUUUUUAAUUCUUGCAGCAAAUGAGUAAUGCGGAAAAGCGCACUUGAGAAUUACGAAACGGUUCUAUUCUGCGAACGACAUUGUUUUAUCCCUACAGAUGUACAUUAGUUGUUACGCAAUAGUAGUAAAAUGCGCGCUGUCAUAAUGUUCAGCAGACCUGAAGGGCGUAAAAGAAUGGCAGAAAUUCUAAAGAGCAACUAGCAGCCUCCAACGUGAGAACAACGGGAGUACUUGCAGCUCCUGUGUACGAGGAACUACUUGUGGGCUUCUUAACUCUCUUUUGGGGAGUUUCGGUUCUCUCCAAUGAUUUAUGAUCUCCAAGCAUUACAAUGGCGAAAGAAACUACUGCCGAAAAGGGAGUCAAGUCUGCGGGAAAAAAAUAACUCUCAGAAGAAAUUGCCCCUCUCCUUUUGCCCUAAGAGUGUUACGAACACAAAAAAACGGAGCAAAGGUAUCGAAAUGCCAAGAGAAACACUUUCGCUGAAUGGUUCCUAGUAGAAGCUUGCGUUUGUAUCCAGCCCUGCAGCAGUUGUGUGUCAUUGCACGAAGCGUUGACAGUGCAGGUUCUAGAAUUAAUACGCGUUGCGUAUACUUAUCAAGUACACUGCAGGACUAACACUGCUACUAAGACAGGUUGCAGCUUCCCGAAAGCGACUCUCAUCGCCAUUGGGUCACGUAAUGAAAAGCCAUUUCUGGUGAGGCACUAUGGCACCGGGAUAUAUUCCAUUUAGAUGUCCAUCUCAACGUAUCUUGGCACGUAUGUUUACACAAACACCUAUACCGAAACGACAUAGCCUGGACGUGUUAUUUCUCGUCUAAGUUUAGUUGCCUAUAUUAAGGUAUGUGCUCUCGCUUAUAGACCCUCUGUAACGCUAAAGCCAGGGAUAAAGCGUAAAUAUCGAGUAAGUUACCGUGUCUACGUCAAUUAUUGCUGCCAGCUAUGACCGAUAUUAUAGACUUAUGUGAUUUCACACGUGGUACCAUCCCUCUGAUUUCAUAUCGUACUGAUCGGAAUGAUUCAAGGCUAUUUGCUGUAGCUUUAGUGGGUCUCAUCCACUGAUUCGACAGGGGACGUACCAUGUAGUUUAGCAAGACCUCGCAGCGCCAAUGAAGCUAGGUCUAACAAUGGAGCUAAGGCAGGUUCGUUUUAGGUUAAAAAGAUUACAACUCAACUUGUUUUAUUAAUAGCUACAAGUGCUUGUUCUGUAUUUACCUCUAUUACAUAAGCUCUCAGAUGUACCUGACGGCGUACGUACACUGAAUCUUCUUGGAUUGAUUAUACUAAAUGGAACAAGCAGGAUUUCCGGCACUCACUGUUUUCGAGUGGUGAAUUAAGUGCUAUGGGGCGACAAUUUUCGUGUAAAAUUUAAUUUUUCAAAUUGCCCGUUGCAAAGAACAUAAACCUACUCCUUGAGCUGGAUUCUUCAGAGAGGCGGACACCAGUUGCACAAAGAAAUCUAAACACACAUCUAAUAAAUAAAAGAAAAUCCCCAAUUAACCUCUUUAAAGCACACAUUGCAGUUCUCGAACGGCAGCCUGUGAGUUUGUAAGCCGCAUCCACUUGGAAUAAAUUUGCCGAAUGACACCAGUUUGGAGAUGUUCACCAUCAAACUCGCAGUAAAAUGCGCAGUUGGUCCUCUUACUUUUUAACAAAGCCCUCUUUUAUGCAUUGAAGCACAGUGUUAACUGGACGGCUCAUUUUUUUCAUCACACGCUUUGGGAAACAGUAUGUCGAAACUGGUGUCAUCCUAGAAAUUCAUUUCAAGUGGUUGCGUGUUGCAAAUUCAUCGGCUACAAUUCGUAAAUUGCGAUAUGUGCCGUAGAGUAAUUAAGUGUGAGGUUAAUUAGCUAUUUUUUAACUAAUUGUUCAUCCGUUUAGAAUUCUCGUGCUAGUAAUGCCCGCCUGUUCGAAUAAUUUACCUCAAGCACAAAAAUUAUGCUAUCUGCCACACACGAUCUUAAAAAAUUCCGUAAUACUUUAAAACGGUGACCCUGUAUAAGAGGUUUCUGCCGAGUGUUAGCAGGUUUCAUGAUUUGUUCCUAUCCGCGUAUUCGCAAGAAAAGAACGAAUCACAACAAACGAUCUGUUCAUCUGCAGCAUGCGUUUCAAGUGCUGCAGAUGCUCUGUUUGCUCCAGCAUAGCGGCUUAUUGCUAAAUUGAGAUAAGGUGAGCUGGGGAUGCAUCAGUCGAGAGCACAGUUCCGCCCUUGAGUCGUGAAAAGCCUGGAUGGUGUGGUGAAUUGCAAACUUUUCAAACAUGUAAGCACGAGCAGUCACAUAAAGGCUCGCCCCAAAUCUGUUCAUGGUGGUACUGCAUUGAAAACUGUUCGAGCCAACAUUACAUGACAGUACACGCAGACGCACUUAGUGUUCUCAGCAAUGCUAACUCAAUAGAGAAAGUGCUCCGUCGCAAAGUACGCACACGUGCACUUCACACAUAGAUCUCAGCAACCGUUUAACAAACCUAACUCACCUCUCUAACUUGCAUGGCAGUCCUGACGUACCUUCACUGCCACUAAGCUUUGAAAAAGAUAGAUAGCAAAAUAUCUUUAAAGGUCGUUUUUAAUAACACGGUAAAAUCAUUUGAAGCCGUCCGCUUUCCAAGAAUGCAUUAAGAAAAUUCGGCAGAAUAAACAUGACUUUGUGUUUCUAUACUGAUACAGAAAAAUUGGCACCGUGGCAAAGAUUACUGUACAUGUGACAAGAAGAAAAUUGGAUGCUAGCUCAAGCAUCCUAGGAGAAUGCACCGCACUCAAUUAACGUUAAUGCCUCUCAAUUCGACGAGAGCUGUUGGAAUAUUUUAUGUGUCCGAUUUAUUGUACGUUCUGUAUACGUAUAUAAUUAUCUGUGAAAAAGUUUCAAAUAAAUUUUUGUCUGUGUCGCUGG